AUGGAAAAUCAUCUAUUCAACUUGAAAAUGGCAGCCAAGGAGCUGGAGCGAAACUCGAAAAAGUGCUUGAAACAGGAAACUGUAGAGAAGAACAAAUGCAAAAAGGCAAUUCAGCAAGGCAAUAUCGAAGGAGGACGCAUUCACGCAGAAAAUGCAAUUCGCCACAAGAACAGCUCAUUGAAUUAUCUGCGGAUGGCAGCCCGUGUGGACGCAGUCGCCGCCCGAGUUCAGACGGCGAUGAUGACCAAGAAGAUCACACAGUCGCUGGGCGGUGUCACGAAGGCCAUGGACUCGGCGAUGCGCUCAAUGAACUUGGAGAAGGUGUCGCAGAUUAUGGACAAGUUUGAGAAGCAGUUCGAAGAUCUGGAUGUUCAGUCGAACACUAUGGAGGCGACGAUGAGCACCACCACGACCACUCUGACGCCCGAGGGACAGGUGGACGGCCUGAUGCAGCAGAUCGCCGAUGAAGCCGGCCUGGAGCUUAACGUGGAACUUCCCUCUGCCGUCACCUCGACCAUUGGCUCCAAGGCGAGUACCGCUGCAGAGGAGCAGCAGAAGCAAGAUGACCUGUCAAGUCGUCUGGCUCAGCUGCGGCAGAUGUAA